AUGGGCCGUUUCUUUAUCCCGCGACAAUGGCGACUUGUGCGCUAUGUCUGGUUCCUUAUGAUCUUCGAAUUUCCGUUCACAGUCGCCAAUCUUGCGCUGUUCGGUAUUGCGUCGCCAAACCUGUAUCGAACUAUCUUGUGGAAUGAGGGCGGAAAGAUGGGAUUCAAUUCGGAUUCGUCGUCCAUUAUCUACGCAUACGCAAACUACCGGCCUGUGAAGAUUCCAUUGGUUUGGACUGGAUUCAACACACAAUACCACCUCGUAAUCGGUGUAGUAUGCAUGUUCUUCUACCUGAUCAAAGUAACAAUGUGGCUGCUACACGUCUUCUUCCCCAUCUUCUCCAUCCUGCUCCACAUGCCCCUCCUCGCCAUCUGGGCCUACGGAAUCUACAUCCAGACCUCGCCCGACACCAUCGACCCGAAGCGCAGCAACAGCGGCGCGCCAUGGUAUAUCACCAAGAACUGCAAUAUCGUGGAGGACAAGCAGAUUAGGAGCUAUUGCAUGCAAGCCAAGAGCAGCUUUGCAGUUAGCUGUAUUAUGCUCACGAUCUACGUCCUCUUCCUCGCCAUCAGUUUCUACUCAAUGUGGCCGACAAAAGACGCCCUCACCACCCACAAAACCCGCUUCGCCGAAAAGAAAGCCGAAAAAGAAAAAUGGUCAUCCACACCCGACGGCUCUAACGAAAUGACCGCCGAAGAGCAAUGGCAGCACAUGUGGGAGCUUCAACAACUGCCCCGCACCCCCGGCACAAGCGGCGGAAUGUACCUGAAGAGCCCUAUGACGCCGCGCACGCGUGCGUUUGGCGAUCUAGAAGGCGGGACCGGGUAUGCCCAGCAGGACUUGAAACCGCAUCCGAAUUGGAGUUGGUAUGGUGGGCGCGCGGAGGAGGGGGGCUUUGUGCAGGUGCAGCAGGUUAGUCCUGUGGCGGAGCAGGAUGAGUGUCAGUACGGGUAUGAGGGGAAGGGGAAGGGGGUGGGAUUUGCGCACUGA